CAAGUGACGCAUCACAGCAUGAAACAGCCUUUAGUAUUUACAUAAGAAGAGGACCCAUAUGUGCAGGAGUGGCUGCCCUACAUCGCGAUGAUCGCUGCGGCUUUUUUGGUCUUAUUGAGACCCUUGAGUAUUCAAUGUGUGUUGUUGCUGUUUUUGCUCUUGGUAGGAACUGUGGCUACCAUCGUAUUUCUAUGCUGCUGGCAUCGCAAACUGCGCAAUGAGAAAAUUCCCAUCAAAUCUGCGCUCACGAGGCGUUCAAGGAGCCGCGAAGCUGCUUUCCGGACGCACCACUUUCGGUCUGAGGUGUAUCGUCACAGUCCACGUCACAUCAGGAGGAUCACACGAGCACGUGUUUCUGAAGAGAAGCUUGUCGAGAUACCUGAGAGCACGCCAGAGUCGUGCACGAGUGUGAGGAAACGCAGAGUAAAGAAACGAGUCCAGCCAGAGUUUUAUCACUCUGUGCAGCUCACACCAACCCGCAAACCAAGCUCCGGCUCCGGGAACGCGUCCCUGCGCUGCUCCAUGUCUUCAUCGGCAGAUUUCUCAGACGAUGAAGACUACAGCGCGAAAUCCGGGACGGUGUCGCCGGCACCGGGAGACACGUUACCGUGGAAUUUACCCAGACACGAGCGCUCGAAGCGCAAGAUCCACGGAGGAUCCGUGCUGGACCCUGCGGAAAGAGCUGUGCUCAGGAUCGCGGAUGAAAGAGACAGAGUCCAGAAAAAGACUUUCACAAAAUGGAUAAAUCAACACCUCUUUAAGGUACGAAAGCAUGUAAAUGACCUGUAUGAGGAUUUACGAGAUGGACAUAACCUGAUCGCUCUUCUAGAGGUGUUGUCUGGUGAGACACUGCCAAGGGAGCGUGAUUUUCUGAAGACGUUACGGUUGGUGAGUGCGGCUGACGCAUGCACGGUUGAGGGGCAUGGACGUGAGCUUGAUGCUGAUGAGGAUAAGGGGCCACGAGAGAAGGGUCGCAUGCGCUUCCAUAGACUUCAGAAUGUACAGAUAGCACUGGACUUUUUAAAACGGCGGCAGGUGAAACUAGUCAACAUCAGGAAUGAUGACAUAACGGAUGGGAACCCAAAGCUGACAUUGGGAUUGAUAUGGACCAUAAUUCUGCACUUUCAGAUCUCAGAAAUCCACGUCACAGGAGAGUCUGAGGAUAUGACAGCCAAGGAAAGACUUCUGCUUUGGUCCCAGCAGAUGACUGAAGGCUAUGUAGGUGUCAGAUGUGACAACUUCACUACCUCGUGGAGAGAUGGACGACUGUUCAAUGCUAUCAUUCAUAAGUACAGGCCUGACCUGGUGGAUAUGAGCAGAGUAUCAUCACAGAGUAGCAGAUCAAACCUUGACCAAGCGUUCUGUGUGGCCGAGCAGCUCGGUGUGGCCCGACUGCUGGAUCCAGAGGACGUUGACGUGUCAUCGCCAGAUGAAAAGUCAGUCAUUACUUACGUAUCAACAUUAUACGAUGUCUUCCCAAAAGCCCCGGAAGGUACAGAGGGCAUCAAUGCAAAUGAUGUGGAUAUUAAAUGGAUUGAGUACCAAAACAUGGUGAAGUACCUCACCCAGUGGAUCAGACACAAUGUGACUGUUAUGUUGGACAGACGUUUUCCCAGCAGUCCUGUGGAGCUUAAGGCACUUUAUACACAAUAUCUGCAGUUUAAAGAGCACGAAAUACCACCUAAGGAAAAUGAAAAGACCAAAAUCAAGCAUCUCUACAAAAUGCUAGAGAUGUGGAUUGAGUUUGGCCGCAUACAGCUCCCUCAAGGCUGCCAUCCUAAUGAUGUGGAGAAGGAAUGGGGAAAGCUGAUCGUGGCCAUGUUGGAGAGAGAGAAAAGCCUGAGGCCUGAGGUGGAGAGACUUGAAAUGCUCCAGCAAAUUGCAAACAGAGUCCAGCGAGACUGCGUAAGCGGAGAGGAGAAACUAUCCUUAGCACGAACUGCUCUGCAGUCGGAUGCCAAACGGUUGGAAUCAGGAAUCCAGUUUCAGAAUGAAGCAGAAAUUGCCGGUUAUCUCCUGGAGUGUGAGAAUCUGUUACGACAGCAAGUGGUGGAUAUUCAACUUCUGCUGGAUGGGAAAUUUUACUUGGCCGAUCAGCUUGUGCAAAGGGUGUCAAAGGUCCGUGAUGAGCUGUUGGCCUUGAGAUCGGAGUGUUCCUCUGUAUACAGCAAAGGACGCACACUGACCUCAGAACAGACCAAGAUGAUGAUCUCUGGCAUCACGCAGAGUUUGAACUCAGGCUUUUCCCAAAACUUUAACGGCGGACUGUCUCCUGCCCUCACGCAUGGUGGCAUGGUGACGAUGGGCGGCGGUCACGCGUCUGCGCUGACCCCUGUGUUGAGCCCAGCCAUGACCCCGGGCAUGCAGCCAGCCUCGGUUCAAACUUUCCUCAGCGGCAGAGGUGGAGGAAUGGAGCCCGGAGCCUUUCAGCAGUUCAAACACAUGCAGAUCCGCAAGCCCAUGCUUAAGUCAUCGUUCAUGGAUCCGAACCUGUCAGAGGACGAAGUGAAUAUGAAGUUUGUGCAGGAUCUGCUGAACUGGGUCGAGGAAAUGCAGGUUCAGCUCGAUCAGGCGGAGUGGGGAUCUGAUCUGCCGAGCGUCGAGUCAAAUUUGGACAACCAUAAAGACAUGCAGAAAGCCAUUGAAGAAUUCCAGAUGAGCAUUAAAGAAGCCAGAAUGAGUGAGAUUCAGAUGACCCAGCCGUUGAAGCAGAGUUACUCUGAGAAGCUGCAUAAGUUAGAGUCUCAGUACACCAGACUGCUGAAAUGUUCUACAGAUAGACAGAAACAUCUUGAGAGCUUGUAUGACUUUGUAACACGCGCCACUCAGGAGCUGAUCUGGCUCAAUGAGAAAGAGGAAGAGGAGGUGGCUUUCGACUGGAGCGAGCGAAGCACUAACAUUUCAAAAAAGAGGGAUUAUCAUUCAGAUCUCAUGAGAGAACUGGAUGACAAGGAAGAGGUGAUCAAGUCAGUCCAGGAGAAAGCAGAAAACCUCCUGUUGGAGAAUCAUCCUGCCAGAUUGACCAUUGAGGCAUAUAAAGCAGCCAUGCAGACACAGUGGAGUUGGAUACUGCAGCUGUGUCACUGUGUUGAGCAACAUCUGAAAGAGAACGCCGCUUACUUUGACUUUUUCAGUGAUGCCAAAGAGUCAUUAGAUUACCUGAAGACCCUUCAAGAUGCCAUCCACAGAAAGUACGGCUGUGAUCGGUCCAGUAGUUUACAUCGGCUGGAGGAUCUAAUUCAAGAGUCUAUGGAUGAGAAAGAACAACUUCUGAAAUAUAGCAGCACUGUAGGUGGGCUAGUGGGCAGAGCAAAGUCUGUUGUUCAACUAAAAGCCAGAAACUCAGAGAAUCCCAUCAGAACAUCCAUACCGGUCAAGGCCAUCUGUGAUUACCGCCAGAUAGAGAUCACCAUUGGCAAAGAUGACGAGUGUGUCCUAGUAAACAAUUCACACCGGGCAAAGUGGAAAGUCAUUAGUCCAUCAGGAAAUGAGGCCAUGGUACCAUCAGUCUGCUUUAGUGUACCAGCACCUAACAAGGAGGCAAUUGAAAUGGCAAGCAGAAUUGAGCAGCUGUAUCAGAAUGUGUUGGCUUUGUGGCAUCACUCUCACAUUAACAUGAAGAGCGUGGUGUCCUGGCAUUAUCUCAUGACUGACGUCCGCACCAUCCGCAAAAGCACGGUUGCUUCGAUCAAAACUCUUCUCCCCGGUGAUCACCAGCAGGCAUUGAGCAGUCUGCAGUCACACUUUGAGGACUUUCUUAGAGACAGUGAAGAAUCUGAAGUUUUCACAAUGGCCGACUGUACACAGCUGGAGAAGGAGGUGCUGGCGUGUAGAGAGUAUUAUGAAGAGCUGCUCAAGUCUGCAGAGAGAGAGGAACACGAGGAGUCUGUUUACAACAUGUUCAUAUCUGAGGUGCGUAACUUCCGCAUGCGGGUGGAGGCUCAUGAGGAACAGUUGAUUCGGAGGAUCCGUACACCGCUGGACAGAGACGACCUGCAGGAGUGCAUGCUGCGUAUCACUGAACAAGAGAAGAAAAAGGUGGAGCUGGAGAGGUUGGAUGAAGACCUGGAGAACCUGAAGGAGAAGUGUGAGGUUUUCCUCAGGCAAGCCGCUGCCUCUCCAUCUGUCCCCACGCUUUCCUCUGAGCUCAACGUUCUUAUUCAGAGUAUGAACCAGGUCUACUCCAUGUGCUGCAUCUACCUGGAGAAGCUGAAGACAGUGAGUUUGGUGGUGAAACACAGUCAGAGUGCAGAAGCUCUGGUCAAAUUUUAUGAAGCCAAGUUGUGUGAGGAGGACUUGAUCAAUGCCAACGUCAAAUCUAUUGAUGGUGUCAUGAGCACUCUUAAGCAAUGGAGGUCUGAAAUCGAUGAAAGACGUGAGGUAUUUCAUGACCUGGAGGAUGAGCUGCAGAAGUCUCGAGUGAUCAGCGAGCGCAUGUUUAAGACGCACAAUGAAAGAGACUUUGAUUUGGAUUGGCACAAGGAAAGGGCCGAUCAACUAAAAGAGAGAUGGCAAAACAUUCACUCACAGAUCGAAAACAGGCUCAGAGACUUGGAGGGCAUCAGUAAAUCUCUCAAGUACUAUAAAGACACAUACCUCAGCUUGGAUGAGUGGGUCAGGGAAAUGGAAACCAGACAGCUCAAGGCCCAAGAGAAUCAACCUGAGGACAGCAAAGCCUUGGCUGAGUUCCUCAACCAGCAGAAAGUUCUGGUUGCAGAUAUUGAACAGAAACAGAGUAAAAUUGAAGAGUGCCAAAAGUAUUCUGAGCAGUAUGCAAUUGGAGUGAAAGACUACGAAUUGCAGUUGAUGACCUACAGAGCCAUGGUUGACUCUCAGCAUAAGUCACCUGUAAAAAGAAGAAAGAGGCAGAGUUCAUCUGAUGUCAUUCAGCAAGAGUUUAUGGACCUUCGUACACGUUACACUGCCCUGGUCACUCUUAUGACACAGUAUGUGAAGUUUGCAGGUGAAACCCUGAAGAGGGCAGAGGAGGAUGAGAGAACUGUUGAGGAUGAGAAGAAAGAGCAUGGCGAUAAGGUUAACAAGUUAUUGAACUGGAUGUCCAGUAUGAAAUCGAACCUGGACAAUGAUGGAAAGGCUCUAAGUGAUGGUAAACCCAGCACUGAGAGCUCUAGUAAGCCCCAGACAUCAGUGGAAGAAAUGGUGACUAAGAAGGAACAAAUAGCAGAAGCAAUAAGAACAACACAACUGAUGUUAACCAAACACAGUGACAAAAUGACUGAGGAAGAAAAGCAAGAAGUGAAAGACCAGCUAAAAUCUCUUAAUCAGGCCUACAGCGACCUAUCUCAACAGUGCGCAACUGAUCCGGGAUUCCAGGUCAUUGAAGGCAUAUUGGAUGUCGAAAGUGGAGCUGUCAUGACUGUGUGCUGCUCUAUUCAGAAUGGUCUCCUUGACCACAACACGGGACUCAGUCUUCUUGCUGCCCAGCUUAUAACCACUGGGCUCAUUUUACCUAAACACCAAUUGUGUACAGACUUGGAAGAGGCAUUCAGAAACAGACUUUUGGAUGAAACAAUGUUCAAGCAACUGCAAGACUUAAAUGAAGUUAACAAGCGUGUGCAGAAUCCCCAAUUUGCUUCGGGACCCUUACCGGUUAUAACUGCUUUGGAAAAUGGUGCUAUAUCGGAACAAACAGCGAUAAAGAUUAUUGAAAUCCAGCUGGCGACUGGAGGGCUAAGGCCGCCAUACACCAGAGAUAUUCUUAAUCUGGAGAGCGCAUUUGAACUUGGCCUGAUACCUUCCUCGCUGUUUUUCCAGAUAGUGGAGAGGAGGAACAUUUUAAAGGAUUUGAUUGAUCCCAACACUGCAGAAAAAGUUUCACUGAUUGAGCUUGUACAGAGGAGCCGAAUCCAUGAACCGACAAGACUUCGCCUGCUUCCUGUGAAGGGUGGAAAAGAUGGAACUGUUUCCCUGACACCUGCGGAAGAUGUGAACAUUAUGAGAGCUAUGCAUGAAGGCAAUAUUGAUAAAGACUCUUUGCUUCGGUUGUUGAGCAUGCAGUUAUUUGCAGGAGGCAUUUCGGACCCCAGCACAGGCCAAAAGCUAACUGUUGAAGAGGCUUUAAACGGGGGUCUGAUUGAUCAGGACACUGCGAGUGAAAUACUGAGCAACCAAGCCCAAACCGGUGGUAUUGUUAAUCCUAGCAAUGGGGUAAGACUUACAAUUGAUGAGGCCGUCCAGUGUGAGUUAAUGAGUUCCAGCAGCGCAUUGUUAGUCCUCGAGAGACAGAAAGCCUUCAUGGGUCUCAUUUGGCCUCAUGCUGGUGAAAUUCUCUCAUUCUCAACUUUUCUUCAAGAAAACAUAGUCACAGAACAGCUGGCUUCUGAACUGCUUAGUAAGCGAAAGACAGUAACAGCCUUGUAUAUACCUGACAAAUCUGAGGUGGUUGACAUGGACUCUGCAGUGCAGAAUAACAUGAUUGACCUGUUUACAAAAGACCUGUUGAAGACAAUAGAAAUCCCAGAUGUGUUCCCUGAUAUCAAUGAAUUAAAUGACAGAUUUUCCUCUUGGCUGGUUAUGCGCGAGCUACAACUUGAAGGAUUUAAGAAAUCCGAUGAAGAAAUAAAGAUUGAUGGAAGUGCCACAAAUGCCCCAACACCUUCUGAGGCAAAGGAGUUAUUUGUUUCAUACCUCAUGAUGAAUAGCUAUAUGGAUCCAAUGUCAGGUCAAAGACUAUUAAUUUUUGAUAGGAAGGUAAAUAAAAUGGCUAAAUUACUCUUUGAUACGUCUGAGUCAAAAUGUGCUGACAGGAAUGAAAACAUUUCCGACAUUGAAAAGGACUCUCUUAUUGGCAGUUUUGGUGCUUUGGAAGAAUUGCAAAUAUGUGAACCUUUGGAUUCCUCUGAAUCAGAUGUUAAGAACUUUGGAAUAGAUGAAAAUGGGGAUGCUUUCCUAAGCAGUAGUGAACAUGGGAUUAAAAUUAAACCUCACGAAGCAGAUAAAGACUCUACAUGUUCAAACACAGACAACAGUCAAGGCAAGGCUGACAUGUGUUCAGUAGUUGAUCAGUUUGAAUAUACUGAUACUAUUGAAAAAGACCAAGAAAGACAUUCACGAUCCCCACCUCUAUUAUUCAACGAAACAACCAGCACUAUAGAAACAACCUCUGAAUUCCCACAUUCUGAGGUUUUGUGGGAUGACAAACAUGAGAGGGAUUAUUGCAUCCAUCUUAGAGCCCAAGUAGAGGAAGGAGGGAUUUUAGAUAUCACCUCUGGAAAACGUUAUGACUUGGAGGCACUCGAUCAAGGCCUUAUCGAUGAAAAGACUGUUUUAGAAGUACUUACUUUACAGCAACGACAAUGUGAUUUUGUAGAUAAUGAAAGCCCCACAAUGUCAGUUUUGAAAAAGUCUGUCAGUCAAGGCUGCGUAUCAAGUAAUGUCGCCUUACAGAUCAUGGAAAAGCAGAACAUGUUGGAUGGUUUCUACAAUGCAGCCAUUGAAGAAAACAUUAAUGUUUGUGAGGCUUUAGAAACAGGUCUGAUUUCUGGUGAUGUCAGUAGAAAUGUUCUCUGUUCAGAGCUGAUCGGAAAGGCCAUCAGUGAUUCAGAGGGAAAGUGUUUACGCAACGUUUCAGAUGCCCGCCAACUGGAAAUGUUGGAUGGCGAAGAGGCAGAGAGAAUGCUGCAUUCACAUCAGGACCACCGGGUAGCUGUUAGUAUGCUUGAUACUGCCAGAGAUCAGCUCAAGCGAACAGAUUCCGUAAACUCAAGAUCAGAAGAGGUCUCACAGGUGUCUUCAAAUGUAGCACAUAUAAGCAGUAGUCAGGAUCACCCAGUCCCUGCCUUAACCAUAAAUGACACUUCAUGUGAUGUUAGUCCAGCUAUAUGUAAAACUUUACCUAAAGGCAAUGAGAUUGACAACGUUGCUGGGAUAGGGGGAGAUAAUAAUGUAGUUCAUGGUCACUGCAAGAAUCCUAAAACUGAGCUAGAAACCAUAGAUGAAGAAGAAGGAGGUUUCACAUUGGAGGAACAUAAGACAGAAAGGCAGAAUGAGAGUGUUUUUGUCAUCGAUGUUUCUUGUGAAACGGGAGGUUCUUUACCAAAUGUAAAUGAGCUCGCCCAUCUGGAGACAAAAGUGAGGCAGCAAAGUGACUCUGAAAUGUUGUGUUCAUCACAAAGUGAUAUCUGCUCUGACAAAGGACAACCAAAAAGUGUACUUGAUUCUGAAGUUGAGUCAAAAAUAACAAAUAUCUGUAGGGAGGAACUCGGUGAAAACUUAAGUGCUUCGCUACCAAUAGUUGUAGAUAUUGAACCAGUGGUAAAACUAACACAGGAACAAUCAACCCAUUUGGAGACUACAGCAGAGCUCAGUUUGAUGAGUGAUAAUCAGCUUACAUUAGCUGAGGAUUUGCAACUUCAAACAGAAGAUAUGGCAUCUGAAGCUGAACAAUUCUAUAAAGCCAAACACUCCAGUAUUCCAAGUGAAAGACCCAAUCAUUUUAACAUUACAGAUAAUAAAGAAGUGGUUAAACAUGAGGACAAGAGUUUAGAAAUGUCUGUAAAUGUUCCCCUUGCAAAACCUGAAUCCAGCAUGGUCUGCACUAAAGGCAGCAUUGACAGUAAGAAAAAACAAAAUGAUGACUUUGAAAACGUUCUUGAAAUCAACCCAAAAGAUAUAACUGCAUUACUUUCUGACCCGUUACCACUUGAAAUGCUUACUGAUGCUAGUCUUUCGGAUGCUAAUAGUGGUACACGUAACACAGAACACUUGUCUGAGCAAAAAGUAUCAUGUAACCAUGUUCCCCCAAACGUCACUGCAGUAGUUGAGUUUAUCAAAGCAGAUGAAUCCGAUUUUGAAAGAGACAAUGAACAGGGAAAAGACUUAGCCAUGACCUCAGGUCUUUGUUCAGAGAACCUUUUUACAGGAUUGAAAGAAUUGCAGUCUUCCUCCAAACUACCAAGUUCUUCUGUCAGAGAUUGGGGUACUGAACAAAGCACAGGUGAACAGUCUCAAGUGGUUGUUAAAGAUGCAGCCAUCAAAGAAAACAUGAAUGUUUGUGAGGCUUUAGAAACAGGUCUGAUUUCUGGUGACGUCAGUAGAAAUGUCCUCUGUUCAGAGCUGAUCGAAAAGGCCAUCAUUGAUUCAGACGGAAAGUGUUUCCACUGUGUUUCAGAUGACCACCAACUGGAAAUGUUGGAUGAUGAAGAGGCAGAGAGAAUCUUGCAUUCACAGCAGGACCAAUGGGUAGCUGUUAGGAUGCUAGAUAUUGCCAGAGAUCAGCUCACUCAAACAGAUUCAGUAAACUCAAGAUCAGAAGAGGUCUCACAGGUGUCUUCAAAUGUAGCACAUAAAAACAGUAGUCAGGAUCAACCAGUACCUGCCUUGACCAUAAAUGACACUUCAUGUGAUGUUAGUCCAGCUAUAUAUAAAACUUUACCUGAAGACAAGGAGAUUGACAAAGUUGCUGGGAUAGGGGGAGAUAAUAAUGUAGUUCAUUGUCACUUCAAGAAUUCCCAAACUGAGCUAGAAACCAUAAAUGAAGAAGAAGGAGGUUUCACAUUGGAGCAAGAUGAGACAGAAAGUCGGAAUGAGAAUAUUCUUUUCAUUGAUGUUUCUUGUGAUACUGGAGGUUCUUUACCAAAUGUAAAUGAGCUCGCCCAACUGGAGAAAGCAGUGAGGCAGCAGAGUAACUCUGAAAUGUUGUGUUCAUCACAAAGUGAUAUCUGCUCUGACAAAGGACAACCAAAAAGUGUACUUGAUUCUGAAGUCAAGUCAAAAAUAUCAAAUAUCUCUAGCGAGGAACUCUGUGAAAACUUAAGUGCUUCGGUGCCAAUAGUUGUAGAUAUUAAACCAGUGGUAACAUUAACACAGGAACAAUCAACUCGUUUGGAGACUACAGCAGAGCUCAGUUCGAUGAGUGAUAAUCAUCUUACAUUAGCUGAAGAUUUGCAACUUCAAACAGAAGAUAUGGCAUCUGAAGCUAAACAAUUAUAUAAAGCCAAACACUCCAGUAUUGCAAGUGAAAGACCAGAUCAUUUUGGCAGAACAGAUCAUAAACGAGUGGUUAAACAUGAGGACAAGAGUUUAGAAAUGUCUGAAAAUGUUCCCCUUGCAAAACCCGAAUCUAACAUGGUCUGCACUAAAGGCAGCAUUGACAGUAAGAAAAAACAAAAUGAUGACUUUGAAAACUCUCUUGAAAUCAACCCAAAAGAUAUAACUGCAGGACAUUCUGACCCAUUACCACUGGAAAUGCUUACUGAUGCUAGUCUUUCGGAUGCCAAUAGUGGUACACGUAACACAGAACACUUGUCUGAGCAACAAGGAUUAUGUAACCAUGUUCCCCCAAAUGUUACUGUAGUAGUUGAGAUUACCAAAGCAGAUGAAUCCGAUUUUGAAAGAGACAAUGAACAGGGAAAAGACUUAGUCAUGACCUCAGGUCUUUGUUCAGAUAACCUUUUUACAGGAUUGAAAGAAUUGCAGUCUUCCUCUGAUCUACCAAGUUCUUCUGUCAGAGAUUGGGGUACUGAACAAAGCACAGGUGAACAGUCUAAAGUGGUUGUUAAAGAUGCAGCCAUCAAAGAAAACAUUAAUGUUUGUGAGGCUUUAGAAACAGGUCUGAUUUCUGGUGAUGUCAGUAGAAAUGUUCUCUGUUCAGAGCUGAUCAGGAAGGCCAUCAGUGAUUCAGAGGGAAAGUGUUUACGGAGUGUUUCAGAUGACCGCCAACUGGAAAUGUUGGAUGAUAAAGAGGCAGAGAGAACAUUACACUCACAGCAGGACCAAAGGGUAGCUGUUAGUAUGCUUGAUACUGCCAGAGAUCAGCUCAAUCAAACAGAUUCAGUAAACUCAAGAUCAGAAGAGGUCUCACAGGUGUCUUCAAAUGUAGCACAUAUAAGCAGUAGUCAGGAUCAACCAGUACCUGCCUUAACCAUAAAUUACACUUUGUGUGAUGUUAGUCCAGCUAUAUAUAAAACUUUAUCUGAAGACAAGGAGAUUGACAACGUUGCUGGGAUAGGGGGAGAUAAUAAUGGAUUUCAUUGUCACUUAAAGAAUCCUAAAACUGAGCUAGAAACUAUAGAUGAAGAAGAAGGAGGUUUCACAUUGGAGGAAGAUGAGACAGAAAGUCGGAAUGAGAAUGUUUUUGUCAUCGAUGUUUCUUGUGAAACUGGAGGUUCUUUACCAAAUGUAAAUGAGCUCGCCCAUCUGAAGACAAAAGUGAGGCAGCAAAGUAACUCUGAAAUGUUGUGUUUAUCACAAAGUGAUAUCUGCUCUGACAAAGGACAACCAAAAAGUGUACUUGAUUCUGAAGUCGAGUCAAAAAUAACAAAUAUCUGUAGGGAGGAACUCGGUGAAAACUUAAGUGCUUCGCUACCAAUAGUUGUAGAUAUUGAACCAGUAGUAACACUAACACAGGAACAAUCAACCCAUUUGGAGACUACAGCAGAGCUCAGUUUGAUGAGUGAUAAUCAUCUUACAUUAGCUGAAGAUUUGCAACUUCAAACAGAAGAUAUGGCAUCUGAAGCUGAACAAUUAUAUAAAGCCAAACACUCCAGUAUUGCAAGUGAAAGACCAGAUCAUUUUGACAGUACAGAUCAUAAACGAGUGGUUAAACAUGAAGACAAAAGUUUUGAAAUGUCUGAAAAUGUUCCCCUUGCAAAACCUGAAUCCAACAUGGUCUGCACUAAAAGCAGCAUUGACAGUAAGAAAAAACAAAAUGAUGACUUUGAAAACUCUCUUGAAAUCAAACCGGAAGAUAUAACUGCAGUACAUUCUGACCUGUUACCACUUGAAAUGCUUUCUGAUGCUAGUCUUUCGGAUGUUAAUAGUGGUACACGUAACACAAAAUGCUUGUCUGAGCAACAAGUAUCAUGUAACCAUGUUCCCCCAAAUGUCACUAUAGUAGUUGAGUCUUCCAAAGCAGAUGAAUCAGAUUUUGAAAGAGACAAUGAAGAGGGAAAAGACUCAGCCAUGACCUCAGGUCUUUGUUCAGAGAACCUUUUUACUGGAUUGAAAGAAUUGCAGUCUUCCUCUGAACUACCAAGUUCUUCUGUCAGAGAUUGGGGUACUGAACAAAGCACAGGUGAACAGUCUAAAGUGGUUGUUAAAGACGCACAUCAGGAACCUUCUCAAGUAUCUCGACAAGAAUGGACAGAAAGUGAAAAUGUUCCAGAAAUAAUGAACAACAGUGAUUUAGGGACAUUUAUAAAUCAAUUUAUUCAAGCAAAGGUGGAAGGAGCAAGUGUGGAUGAGAUUCAAAGUCAGAAAUACCAAGUCAUUGCGAAGAUAAUUGAAAUCAUUCAACAACGCUAUGCACACUUUGCUGCUACCCAACCUAAUCAACAUGAGAGAAGCAGGGAUCUAGACAUCCUUCUUGAUUUGAAAAAACACAGACUUGGUCUAGAUGAUUGGAAAUGUCCGGCUGAUGAGGGUUAUCAUGAGUCGUAUCAUCAGUCUGAUGUUGGACUAGUACAGUGUCAGCUACUGGAGAUAAUCCAGGGGAUCUCCAAUAGCAGAGAUCAGGAAGCGCUUAAAGAAGUGCAUGAAAAGUUAAGCAGUUUUUUGGGGGCAACUGUUGCCGUUACAGAUGAAAGUAUGGAAGCUAAAAGCAGUACGGCUGAAGUAACAGACGAUACCAUUGUCACCAGCUCUAACCAACAGGGAUUUUCUACCCAGAAUUACCUGGAAUGUGUUGGCAGUCUCCAGGAUCAUUGUGAUACCCUUGACGAAAUAAGAAAUGACUUAGUGACCAAAUGUCCAUUAGCAGAAGAUAUAGAGGGUUUGCAUGUUCAACUAGAGGAAGCUCAGUCUCUGGAAGCACAGCUUGCUGUUCUCCCUGCUGUGCUGAAGGCAGAUAUGAAUGUAGCAGAGCAACUUCUCAAUUCUGCUGAUGAACUCGUUCCCACACAAAUCCACCAAGAUCUGGCUACGGUUUAUGUAGAUUUGCAGAAUGCUUUCAAAGAUGUUUGCCAUUUGUCAGCUGAGAGAAGUAAAGCUAUUCUACUAGCCAUUGACACGGUGAAGGUCCAUUUGGAAACCUCAUAUGAGGAUUUGCUAAGCUCCCUUGAUAGAAUCUCAGCUUUAUUAAAAGAUGAUUCUGAACUGGUGCACAAGCUUGACAUCAUGAACAAUGAUGACUUGGUCAAAGUGAAAGACAAGAUUCAACAAAAUAAGGACAUCAAGAACAACUUAUCAGGACGUCGCCAACUAUUGGAAGAUGCUGCUUUUGAUAUUCAAAACUUCAUUUCUGAGCACGCUCAGUUCUUGACUCCCACUCAUAGCAGACAACUUCUGAGAGCCCUUUGCACCACACAGAGAUCCUGCAAAGAGCUGACAGACAGGGUUUUCAUCCAAACCCAAACUCUGGAGGUCCACCUGAAGAUCUGUGAGGAUCAGACUGAGCAGCAGGCUGUGGUGGAGAAGCAGAAAGAGUUCUCAGAUAAACUACAAGAGCUGUUUGAUGAUCUAACACAGACGGAGAACCGCCUCAUCGGACACCAGCAGCAGGCUGCCAGUGCAAAGACUGUAGGAGAUCUUCAGCAAUACCAACAAGAACAUCAGGCUCUGCAGAAAGACCUGCAGGCUAACGUCAGCGCCCUGAAUGAAGUCAUCAGCAGCACUAAAAAGUUCCUGGAGGAGAAUCGCAGUAAACUCACUCCAGAGCAGAUAUCGGCUCUUGAGACCAAAUUGGAGGAACUGAAGAGCAAGGCAAAUAUGCUUAACCAGCGUGCAGAUGAGUCCAGGAAUGAUCUGGACAAGGUGUUGACACGUGCCAUUAAACAAGAGACUGAAAAGGUAGCAGCUGUUGAGCAACUCGAAGAGAGCAAAAACAAGAUCGAGAAUCUUCUAGACUGGAUCUCCAAUGUUGGGAAAGAGAAGGAAAUGGGUGGGAUACAAAAGGAGCACAUGCUAAAGCAGAAUGGAAACCUUCCCGAGAGUACAUCACUGAACAGGAUCAUUGAAGAGGGAGAUGAUCCGAAUGGAAACGCUUUGGACACCACAGACAAUGCACGUCUAGACGCUGCUGAAGAGAAAGACAGUAAAGCCCUGGACCUAGAUAAGCAGUAUGAACGCAUUCAAGCCCAUCAUCAGGAAAUAUUGUCUCAACAGCAGGACCUGAUUAUAGCUACACAGUCAGCGCAGGCUUUGCUGGACAAACAAGCUCAAGUCCUGUCACCGGCUGAAAAAGAUAAGCUACAGAGAGACAUUAAAGAGCUGAAGGACCGAUACGACUCCUCCCUCACCCGGGCUGAGCAGCAGAUGAAACAAGUCCAAACCGUUCAAGAGGAGCUCCAGAAGUUCCAGGGCGAUUGUGGGGAGUUUGAGACGUGGCUACAUCAGGCCCAGGAGCGUCUUGAGGAGCUGGGAGCGCCCGCGGCGGGUCUGGAAACCUUGAGUAAUAACCUAAAGAGACAGAGGAGCUUCUCGGAAGAUGUCAUCUCUCAUAAAGGAGACCUGCGGUUCAUCACUAUCUCAGGUCAGAAGGUGCUGGAGGCAGCCAGGGUUUGCAAUCGUGCUGAAUCUGGAGGAACGGACGGCCUGCCAGCUGUUGAUAUGUCUGGGACUUGUGCUGCAGUGAAGGAGAAGCUAGACUCUACAGCCAGCUGUUACAAAGCUCUUCACGCAAAGUGUAAUCAGCUUGGAAACAACCUUGUGGAUGUAGUGGACAAGUACAGGAAAUAUGAAGACUCCAGUGGAGCUUUAGUAACGUGGCUGAAUAAUUCUGAGCAAGAGUCCAUAAGACAGCAGUCUGAACCCAUCGCCGGAGACCCACAGACAUUACAAAGACAACUGGAGGAGACCAAGAGUCUUCAAGGGCAAACAACAGGCCGUCAGUCUGCAGUGGAUAUGCUGAAGAAAACGGCCGAUGCCGUGAUCACAGCUGAGGGCGACCUGCUGUCCAAUCCAGAUGAAAUUCAAGAGACAGUGGAUGACAUCAUCGAAAGAUAUGACAACCUGUCAAAGUCUGUAAGCGACCGCAACGAGAAGCUGCAGGUGACCCUGACACGCUCUCUGAGUGUACAGGAUGGUCUGGAUGAGAUGAUGAAGUGGAUGGAGAGGGUGGAGGAGCGUGUGAAGGAAAUGCCACAAGUUCCACUCGACUCAAAAUCUCUUUCAGAUGCACUUAGCAAAGAGACAGCUCUGGAGCAGGACAUGUCCAGCAGGCAGAGUAGCAUCUUGGCCAUGAAGACGAAGGUGGAGAAGUUUGUGGAGAGCGCUGAUCCGACAGCUGCCGCUCUGCUGCAGGAUAAGAUGGAGGGCUUGAGUCAGCGCUUUACUGACACCUCUGAAAAGCACCGGCAGAAAGUGGCUCAGAUAGAAACACUCAGAGACAAGGUGGAGCAGUUUGAGAGGACAUCUGAGAAGGUUCAACAGUUUGUGCUAAAGCGCUCACAGGCUCUCUCAGAGACCGAUGGACCUGGAAAGAACGUCACCGAGCUAUCUCAACUCAUUCAGGACACGAAUGCAGAGUUAGCUGAGCAUGCUAAGGACGUGGAAACCCUUCAAAAACUAUCAGAGGAACUGAGCAAGUUGGGUCCCGAUGGAAGCAAAGCUCUUAUUCACAGCAAAACAGAAAACACCAUGAACAUCUUCAAUGCUUUUAAAGACACAGUUAAAGAGAAAAAGCAGGAGAUUUCAUCAUGCCAAACGCUGCUGGUGGAGUUCAAAGCAGCCGCAGGGUUGUUAAUGAAAUGGCUGGAGGAGACAAAAGAGCAAAUGCCAAUGAGUCAGGCCAACUGCAGUGAACAGAGCCUGAGAAAACACUUGCUGAAAGUCAAUAGCUUACUGGAUGAAUGGACCGGUAAGGCUCCAGCGGUCCAGGAUAUAAAUAGCCGAGGGUCUGCUCUAUGUAGCCUAAUCAGUGUUUUGACAUCGCCGGCUAAAGCCAAGACACAUCACAACACAGGAUUGGCUGUCGGUAACGGUUCAGGCCCAGGAUGUGAUACUAAUCUGACAAACCAAGAGUUGACGGUGGUACAGCAGAACAUGGCCUGCAUUAACAACAGUUAUGAAGACCUUGGAGAGCUUCUGAAGGCCAAAUCCUCUGAACUCAGUGCUUUGUUGCUGAAAGUUCAAGGGGUACAUGAGCAGGCUGACUCUUUACUUACAUGGAUGGAGGAUGUGAAGAAGACAGCAACAUCUUGGAAAAACCAUCCAUCUGGGAAAGAAUCAGUAAAAACACAGAUUGAACAACAGAAGGUCUUUGAGGAGAAUAUGAAACAAAAGCACGAACAGGUCCAGCAGGUGAGAGAGAACUUGCAGCGUCUGAUCGAGGAACACCCCGACUCACCCGAGGCAGAAAAGUGGAAGCACAUGCUGGCACAGAUUGACGCAGAAUGGGAGGAGGUCAGGGGUUCAGCGGAGAUCAGGAAGCAGCACCUGGAGGACACGUCCCGAAUGCUGGAGCUCUUUCAUACCAGCCAACCGCAGCUUUCACAGUGGCUACAGGAGAAAGAGUUGAUGAUGAGUGUAUUGGGUCCUCUGUCUGUGGAUCCCAACAUGCUUAACACACAAAAGCAGCAAGUCCAGAUUCUCCUAAAGGAGUUCGACAGCCGAAAACCUCAGUACGAAAAGUUAAAUGAGGCGGCCAGUGCCAUCAUUACUGCGUCAGAUGAAAAGCAGGAUCCCGCUGUAGAGAAGGUUAAAGAACAACUGGCAUCAAUUUCACAGAAAUGGCAGGGCCUGACCAACCAGCUGUCUCAGAGACAUGGCAUAAUUGAACAGGCUGUAGGUAAGACCACUCAAUUCCAGGAGCUUUUACACAGCCUCAGUGAAAGCGCUACUCGCCUGGAGACCGGGCUUAACACGCAGCAGGCUUUCAGCACCCAGCCUGAUGAGGUGAAGAAGCAGAUCGAAUCCACCAAUGAAAUCCUGGCACAGCUGCGAGAGGAGAAGAAGAGGCUGAAGGAGGCCGAGGGCAUCUGUUCGGACCUCUCUGCUUUGGUGACUGAGGAAUAUCUCAGAGCCGACUUGACAAAGCAGCUUGAGAGCGUCACCAAGCCAUUUAGACAGCUUGAGGACAAAGCAGGAAAGCGCAUUGAGCAACUCAACUCAGCCUUUGCCAGCUCCCAGCAGUUCCAUCUGACAUCUAAAGACUUCCAAACCUGGCUGAAUGAAAGGCUUCAGGAGCAGAGUAAGCCCCAUCCCAUCUCUGCUCACCUAGAAAUGUUACAACAGAGCCUUAAAGAGAACGGUGUCGUUCAGAAGACAAUUUGUGACCAUGAGGAGCCUUAUAACAACAUCAUGAAGGGAGGAGAAUCUCUCCUCCAAAGCACAGAGGGGCCAGAGAAAGUGGCCCUUCAAGGGCAACUUUCUGCUCUGAGGUCCAACUGGGAUGAUGUGAAGAAAUGCAAUGCUGAGCAAGCAGAAAAACUUCAAGGUGCCAUGCAAAAGGCUUCGAAAUACAAGGAAAUAUCAGAAAAUCUGAACUCAGGGCUGCAGGAAUGUGAAGCCAAGGAGAAGAGUGUGAAGCUCAGUGUGAACUUGGUUGAGAUUGAGAAAUCCACUUCGCAGUUGAAAGCUAUAGACAAGGACCUGGAGAAGCAAAGAGGGCAGGUUGUGUUGAUGAACGCAGCUGCAGACAGCCUUCUGGAGGUAGUCACAACGGAUGGUGAUACAGUUAGAGCGGAGAAGUUAGGUGUUGCUAAAAGAGUGGAGAAGCUAACGGAAGAUUUACAGCUCAAGAAAGAAGGCUUAGAAACGAUCUCACAGAAGAUAAAAGAGUUUACCGACUUGCAGAAGGAAGCUAAAGGCCAACUGGAGGUUGCCAAGAAACAGCUUGAGUCUCACGCUGCCUUGGGUGAUCAGGCCUACAGCAACAAGAACUUGACCAACAUGAAAGCUCAGCAGAACCGUUUAGAGGUUGUCCACAAUCAGAUUGAGGAUCUCAAAAAUCUUGCCAAAAGUCUUGUGGUAGAUGUCCCUGAGGUUGAUGGUGUGACAGACCUUCUUCUUCAAGCAGAUAGCCUGGAGAAAGACCACAUCUCUGUUACAGAGGAGGUGGACGAUGCUUGUUCCACCUUAGAGAGCAAACUCCACGGCAUUGGUGAAUUCCAGAACAGCAUUCGUGAAAUGUUUACAAAAUUUGCAGACCUGGACGAUGAGUUGGAUGGUAUGGCUCCAGUGGGCAGAGACCUCAGCAUUCUACAGGAUCAACAGAGCACAAUUAAAGACUUUGUUGCCAAAAUUCAGGAUCUGAUGACCAACACACUCAAUGCCAAAGACAGUUGCAAGAAGAUGCUGGAGUCGGGGGCCUCACCAGAUCUGCAAGGUUUGAAGAGAGAUUUGGAAACCUUGAGCAAACAGUGUGGAAAGUUGAUAGAUCGAGCAGCCGGUAGAAGAGAGCAGGUUGAGGACACCCUUAGUCAUCUGGAGGCGUUCUACAACAAGGUGCAGGACUUUACACGUAAACUUGGCGAAGCUGAGAAGCAAGAGGAUUCCCAGGGGACGGUUGGAUUGGAGAUAGACGUAAUUAACCAACAACUAGAGUCCUUUAAGGUUUUUCAGAAAGACGUUAUGGAGUCUUUACAGACCCAGCUGCAGGAGUUGAACUCUUUGGGCCAGAGCUUGAUCCAGAGCGCCACCAAAGGUACCUGCACCAAAAACCUUGAGCAUGACCAGGACGAACUUAACUCCAGGUGGAAUACCCUCAGCAAAAAAGUUGCUGACAGAUCUGCACAGCUUCAUGAAGCCCUGCUGCACUGUGGCAGGUUUCAGGAUGCGCUGGAGUCUCUUCUUAGCUGGCUGACAGACACAGAGGAACUUGUGGACAAUCAGAAACCUCCAUCUGCAGAGUUCAAAGUGGUCAAAGCACAAAUACAAGAACAGAAGCUUCUGCAGAGACUGCUGGAUGACCGAAAGGCAACAGUAGAGCUGAUAAAGACGGAGGGACCGAAGGUGACAGAGUUAGCAGACACGGCGGAUAAGGAGAAGAUUGCAAAGGAAAUUGAAUGCCUGGGGCAGAGGUGGGAUGCCCUGCUAAAGAAAGCUGAGAACAGACACAAGCAACUGGAGAGUAUUUUAGUGGUGGCACAACAAUUCCAUGAGACCCUUGAGCCUUUGACCGAAUGGCUGACUGGUACCGAAAAAAGACUGGCAAACACAGAGCCCAUUGGCACACAAACGGCCAAGUUACAAGAGCAGAUUUUACAGCAUAAGGCCUUAGAGGAGGAGGUUAUGGGCCGCGGUAAGAUCUUGUACCAGGCCUUGAGUCUGGGCCAGUCCCUCCGGGCGGUCAGCUGCAUGGAUGACAAGGAGCUGGUACAGGCCAAGCUAGACAACACCCAAAGCGGCUAUAUCGGGCUCCAGGAGCGUUGCCGCAUGAAGUCGGAACUGUUGCAGCAGGCCCUGGCUAAUGCGCGGGUCUUUGGGGAGGACGAGGUGGCCCUCAUGACCUGGCUCAAUGAGGUGCACGCCGAACUGAGCCAAGUCUCCGUCCAAGGCUACACAACCGCUGUGCUUGCAAAACAGCACGCUGAGCAGCUGGCUGUACAGGAGGACAUAGAGCUAAGGAAACCAAAUGUUGAGCAAGCCAUCUUCAAUGGGUUAGAACUGCUGAAACAGACCACAGGCGAUGAGGUUGUUGUCAUCCAAAGCAAACUUGAUGGAAUAAAGACGAGGUAUUCAGAGAUCAACACAAUCAGCAACAAUGUUUCAAAGACUCUGGACAAAGCCCUGUCUCUCGCCACAAAGCUGCAAAACACCCAUGAGGAACUGAACGUCUGGUUGGACAAGGUGGAGUCUGAACUGGCCACGUUUAAAGCUCACAAGGUGGUCGGAGAGCAGCCUGCUCACCUGCAAGAGAGACAAAAAGCACUGCUGAAUGAGGUUAAAGGUCAGAAACCAUUGCUGGAUUCUCUUAAUGAAGUCAGCACUGGUCUUCUUGAACUUGUGCCAUGGCGAGCGAGGGAAGGGUUGGACAGAAUGAUCACAGAGGACAACGAUCGCUACAGAUCGGCCAGUGAUGCCAUUAACCAGCAUGUGGAUCAGACUGGAGCUGCCAUCUUAAAAUCACAGCAGUUCGAGCAGGCAGCCGCCACUGAGCUGGCAUGGUUGACGGAGGCAGAGAGGAAGUUGUCAUCUCUUGGUGACGUGGGGCUUGAACCCGGACAGACCACAGCUCAGCUUCAGGCUCAGAAGAGCUUCUCCAUGGACAUCAUGAGACAUAAAGAUGCUGUUGAUGAUAUUAUAAAGACAGGCGAGGUCAUCGUGAAGAGCAAAGAUGAGGCAGAGAAGCUUGCAUUAAGGGCAACACUUCAGGCUGUGAUGGAGAAGUAUAACAUGGUGAGCCAGCUGAACUCUGAGCGCUGUCUUCAGCUUGAGCGAGCUCAUUCUCUAGCCUGCCAGUUCUGGGAGACCUACGAGGAGCUGUGGCCAUGGCUGCAGGAGAUUCGAUCUACCUUCACUCAACUGUCCCAGCCAGUUAUUGAGUAUGAAGCGCUCAGACAACAGCAGGAGGAACUGAGGCAAAUGAGAGAGCUGAUUUCCGAACACAAGCCGCACAUCGACAAGAUGAAUAAAACCGGACCUCAGCUGGUGGAGUUAAGUCCGACAGAGGGGCUGGCCAUCAGAGAGAAGUAUCAGACGGCAGAUACGUUGUACAGCCAGCUUAAAGUUGAUGUCAAACACAGAGCUGCUGCUCUCGAUGAAGCCAUCUCCAAAUCCACUCAGUUCCAUGAUAAGAUCGACCCCAUGUUAGAGUCUCUGGAGCGCAUCGCCGAGCGCCUGCGUCAACCUCCAUCCAUCUCUGUGGAGGUGGAGAAGAUAAGGGAGCAGAUAUCUGAAAACAAAGCAACGGGUGUAGACCUGGAGAAACUUCAGCUCUCGUAUGAGACCCUCAAACAGCGAGGGGAGGAGAUGAUCGCCCGCUCUGAAGGAGCAGACAAAGACCACUCGGCCAAAGCUGUACAAGACAAACUGGAUCAGUUGGUGUUUGUAUGGAAUGACAUCCAAGCCCUUCUGGAGGAGAGAGAGGCUAAGCUCCUGGAUGUCAUGGACCUGGCCGAGAAGUUCUGGUGUGAUCACUGCGCUCUUAUUGUCACCAUCAAGGACACACACGACCUGCUGAGAGAGCUGGAGGAACCUGGAGUUGAUCCUUCAGUGGUCAAACAACAACAAGAAUCUGUGGAGGGCUUUAGGGAGGAGAUUGAUGGGCUUCAAGAGGAACUGAAUGUGGUACAGAAUCUCGGGGCUGAACUCAUGACAGCGUGUGGAGAACCGGACAAGCCAGUGAUUAAAAAAAGUAUAGAUGAGGUAAAUUCAGCUUGGGAAACUCUGAACAAAAUGUGGAAGGAGAGAAUAGAGACACUAGAGGAAGCCAUGCAGGCUGCGGUGCAGUUCCAGGACAGUCUUCAGAACAUGUUUGACUCUGUGGAUAUCAUGGAAGGCAAACUGGACUCGAUGUCGCCCGUGGGCACAGACCUGGAGACUGUGAAACAACAGAUCGAAGAACUGAAGGAGUUCAAGAGUGAGGCGUACCAGCUGCAGAUCGAGAGGGAAAGGUUGAACCAUCAGGCCGGGAUCCUACUCAAGAAGGUGGCAGAGGAAAACGACCGCAGCCCCAUCCUGGAACCAAUAAACGAACUGAAAAUCCUCUGGGACAACCUGGAUAAAAAGAUUAUUAACAGACAGCACAAACUGGAGGGGGCGCUGUUGGCACUGGGACAGUUCCAGCACGCUUUAGAUGAACUUCUGGCUUGGCUUAGUCAUACAGAAGAGUUGCUGGGUGAACAGAGGAAGGCCUGUGGCGACCCAAAAGCCAUCGAGAUCGAGCUCGCAAAGCACCAUGUGUUGCAGAAUGACGUCCUUGCCCAUAAGAGCACAGUGGAGGCGGUUAAUAAGGCGGGCAGUGACCUGGUCCAGUCCAGUGAUGGAGAGGAGGCCAGCAGCUUACAGAAUAAGCUGGACAACCUCAAUCAGCGCUGGAAAACCAUCAUGGAAAAAACUGAACAGAGGAGAAAGCUUCUGGACAGUGCCCUGCUACAGGCUCAAGGUUUCCAUGGUGAGAUUGAAGACAUGCAGCAAUGGCUAAAAGACACAGAACGUCAGCUGUUAGCAUCAAAGGCCCUGGGCGGCUUACCAGAUACUGCCCGCGAGCAGCUCGACACCCAUCUGGAACUGUGCCGUACCCUAGAGGCAAAAGAGGAGAUAUACAAGCAGCUUCUUCAGAAAGGGCAACAGAUUUUGACCCUGACGCCCGAGGGUCAAGACAGCACCACCGAACUGGAUAUACGCAACCUGCAGGCCAAAUGGGAGAGUGUGCAGGCUAAAGCGUCCGAGAGGAAGGUGAAACUGGAGGAGGCUCUGGUGAUGGCCACAGACUUUCACAACUCACUGCAGGAUUUCAUUAACUGGCUGACACAGGCUGAGCAGACCCUCACUAUGGUUUCUCCUGCCUCUCUUAUCCUGGAGACCAUUAUGUUCCAGAUAGAUGAACAUAAGAUGUUUGUGACUGAGGUGAACACGCAUCGAGAUCAGAUCAUUGAGUUGGAUAAGAUGGGAACACACCUGAAGUACUUCAGUGAGAAGCAAGAUGUGGUGUUGAUAAAGAAUCUGCUGCUGAGCGUUCAGAGUCGCUGGGAGAAGAUCGUGCAGAGGUCUGUAGAGAGAGGACGACUGCUGGAUGAUGCCAAGAAACGGGCGAAACAGUUUCACGAGAGCUGGACCAAACUGAUGGAGUGGCUGGAGGAGUCUGAGAGAGCUUUAGACUCAGAGCAGGAGAUUGCAAAUGAUCCAGACAAGAUCAAAACGCAGUUAACCCAGCACAAGGAGUUCCAGAAAGCUGUGGGCAGCAAGCACUCAGUGUACGACACCACGAGUCGCACCGGCCGAGCUUUGAAGGACAAGACAUCGCUCCAAGAUGACAACCAGAAACUGGAUGACAUGCUCAGCGAGCUCAGGGACAAAUGGGACACAGUCUGUGGGAAAUCGGUGGAGAGGCAGAACAAGUUGGAGGAGGCUCUGCUGUUCUCAGGUCAGUUCACAGAUGCGCUGCAGGCUCUCAUCGACUGGCUUUAUAAAGUUGAACCGCAGCUGGCCGAAGAUCAGCCUGUUCAUGGGGACAUAGACCUUGUCCUGCAUCUCAUUGACAGCCAUAAGGUUUUCCAAAAAGAGCUGGGAAAGAGGACAGGCAGCGUGCAGGCUUUGAAGCGCUCGGCACGUGAGCUGAUGGAGAGCAGUCAUGAUGACUCAUCAUGGGUCAAAGUUCAAAUGCAGGAGUUGAGCACUCGUUGGGAGACAGUGUGUAGUCUGUCAGUUUCCAAACAGACACGGCUGGAACAAGCACUGUGUCAGGCAGAGGAGUUUCACUCCACUGUUCAUAUUUUACUCGAGUGGCUCGCGGAGGCUGAACAGAGUCUUCGUUUCCACGGCACCCUGCCUGAUGAUGAAGAAGCCCUCCGCACUCUCAUCGAACAGCACAAGGAGUUUAUGAAGAAGCUGGAGGAGAAGAGGCUGGCACUGAAGAAAGCCACAAGCAUGGGAGAAGCCAUCUUGUCCAUCUGCCACCCAGACUCUAUUACCACCAUCAAACACUGGAACACCAUCAUUAAAGCACGCUUUGAGGAGGUAACAGCCUGGGCACAUCAGCACCAGCAGAGGCUCUCCAGUGCUCUGGAUGAACUGCUGGCCACACGGGAUCUGCUGGAGAACCUGCUGAGCUGGCUUCAAUGGGCUGAGAACACGCUCGGUGAGAAAGACAAAGAACCUCUGCCUCAGGAGAUAGACGAGGUCAAAAGUCUCAUCGCUGAACACCAGGCGUUCAUGGAAGAAAUGACUAGAAAACAACCAGAUGUGGACACAAUCACCAAAACCCAUAAGCGGAAAACUACAGCAGAUUCUCUAGUUCAGUCUCAAAUCCCUGUUCUGGAGAAAGGACGAUUUCCCAGAAAGAGAUCUCCUACACAAUCCAUGUACACCGCAGCAUCUCAGGCACAAAUUGAGACCAAGAAUCCCAGAGUGAACCUGCUGGUUAGUAAGUGGCAGCAGGUGUGGCUGCUGGCUCUGGACAGGCGGAGGAAACUCAACGAUGCUCUGGACAGACUGGAGGAGCUGAAGGAGUUUGCUAACUUUGACUUUGACGUAUGGAGGAAACGCUACAUGCGCUGGAUGAACCACAAGAAGUCGCGCGUUAUGGAUUUCUUCCGACGCAUUGAUAAAGACCAGGAUGGCAAAGUCACAAGGCAGGAGUUCAUUGAUGGCAUCCUAUCCUCAAAAUUCCCUACAAGUCGUCUGGAGAUGAGCGCUGUGGCGGACAUUUUUGAUCGGGAUGGUGAUGGAUACAUCGACUAUUAUGAGUUUGUGGCCGCCCUGCAUCCCAACAAAGAUGCGUACAAACCAUUAACUGAUGCUGACAAAAUUGAAGAUGAGGUGACCCGCCAAGUUGCAAAGUGCAAGUGUCCCAAGCGCUUCCAAGUAGAGCAAAUUGGCGCCAACAAAUAUCGGUUCUACCUUGGAAACCAGUUUGGAGAUUCCCAGCAGCUCAGGCUGGUGCGGAUCCUGCGCAGUACGGUGAUGGUGCGGGUUGGGGGAGGCUGGAUGGCCCUAGAUGAGUUUCUGGUGAAGAAUGACCCGUGCAGAGUUCACCACCACGGGAGUAAAAUGUUGCGCUCGGAAUCAAAUUCGUCAAUUACUCAGUCUCCUAUAGGUUGGCAACUCUCAAACUUUCUCUCCUUGCUCCAUCCCAGUGCUAAAGGCAGAACCAAUGUGGAGCUUCGAGAAAAGUUUAUUCUUCCAGAAGGCACCACUCAGGUGAUGGCCAGCUUUCGGUACAGAGGUCGAAGGUCGCGGCCUUCCUCAAGAGGUGCUUCUCCUAACAGAUCCAACUCCAGCCACUGCUGUGCCGUACAACCUAACCCACCUGGAGCAAACACGCCCAAGACUCCCCAACAUUUAACUCGCAAUUAUGAUAAACCCUGGCUGACAAACAGCAAGUCAGCCACUCCUCUUAAAUCAUCCGAAUCCUUUGACAGUCAAGAGUCAUCCAGUGAGAGCACCCCCAUUCAAGGCAGUAAACUUCGUCUUCCAGGAUAUUUAUCAGGAAAAGGCUUCCAGUCUGGAGAAGAUGGAGCUUUGAUCAAUGCUGCGGUGUUGAAGGCAAGAGGUCAGGCCACAGGAUCGAGUAAGAUUCCAAGCAGACCCGGCAGCAAAGCAGGAAGUCGAGGAAGCAGCCGUCGUGGCAGCGAUGCCUCAGACUUUGAUAUUUCCGACAUUCAGUCGGUUUGCUCGGACGCAUCGGAGACAGUGACUGACUCAGGACGGCCGAUGCCCCGGUCAGCCUCACGUCAGCAUGGGGGAAAGCCCUCCAAAAUCCCUACGCCCAAAAGGAGGAGCACACCUACUAGCAAACUAGCCAAGACGUCUAAAAGAUAGUCAACAGUCCAAGUUAACAGAAGAGAGAAGUACUGGACUAGCGAGACCGGACAGAUGUAGAUUGACACUAAAGACUUUGAGGCGUUAUUUUAAAGUGUAGCAAGAUGUAAAUUAUUCUGUUGUGAAUGUGAUAAAAAAUAUCACGUGAAGUGUGUGUGUGUGUGUGUGUGUGUGUGUGUGUGUGCAGAGUGCAAUGGCUUUGUGUAGUUGUCCUGUACUUUAUGUGAAUAAUGUUGCGGCAUCAUGAUUUUUUUUGAUUGCUGAGAAAGGUUUGCAACAUUGAAAACAAGAAAAUAUGUUAGUUAAACUAACAGUUCUCCACGUUUGCUUUGAGAGAUGAGCUGAAUGUACAUGAAUUCAUCAAGCUUGUCAGUAAUAAUAUGCCUCCGUAUUCUGCAUCACAGUUAUUUAUUCAUCAAUUUAAAGUGCAAUGCCAAACUGCUGUAAUGCAUUUAAAGGACAAUAUAAGACUUACACCGUAACCACAGCUACAAUGCAGUUAACCCUGAUCAUAGCCUUUAAAUCCAUUAACUUCUGAUCAAAUCACAGAUGGUGUACUGUAAGUCAGAAAACUGUUGUUACAGUAAGGUCAUAAAGACAUUCAGAAGUGCAAUCAUGCCUGUGUACUUCUUUCUUUGCCUGACUGAUGCCGAUUCCUCACACAACUUUUUGUAAUAAAUCUGCUUGCACAAAGCUUAACAACAUA